GUGACGUUUAAUCUAGGGGACGGUUCUUCAUAAACAGCUCUUCAACCACCUCGGUAGCUUGCUAGCCAACAGAUUGCUAGCCGAAAGAUUCCAGCUGUUUAUACGCCUUCGGCGUAUAUUAGCUAAUAUGUUUUAGACACACUUCUGUCGUAUCUACUUGUUAACCUAUUUAAUUUAAUAUUACGUAAUUUUUUAUUAGUCAGCUAUAGUAGCUGGCUGUGUAAGUUAGCACUAGCAUGGUCACUAAUGAUAGCUAGCUAGCUAACAUCUCCGAACAUGAGCUCCCUAAACUUCUCCCCUCCUGUUAAAGAAGAGGAAGUCUGCUGGACGGAGGAAGAGGGUCUGUGGCUGAACGUUGUGGUGAAAGAGGAGGAAGAGGAUGUCAAAAUACAAAAACAAGUAGAGGGUGAGGCUGUUACAGUGAAAGAAGAAGCGAAAGACUCGUUCAGAGUGAAAGAGGAGGAUGUUAUAGUCAAAGAAGAGGAGGAAGAGAAAGAGGAGGAUACAGUUUUUGGAGUGAAGAAGGAAGGGGAGAUUACUAUCACAUUGAAAGAUGAAGAUGAAGAGGAGGAGAUAGGAUAUCUGAUUAACACCAGAGAGAGACCAGACUCUCACUAUGACAGCAGGAAGAGUCCCUCAGGGAAACCAGACCCAGAGACACCCAAAACAAGUGAGACAACACCACUGCUCCCAUUGUGA